AUAUUAGAAACGAACAUGAAAAGAAGUAAUCUGUCUAAACCAGUGGGAUUUGUGUGGUUUACGCUAUUUUAUAUACUCAUGUGUUUAAACAAAAAAUACCAUGACGACCACUCAAUGGGGGUUGAUGUACUUCAAUUCCUCACUUCCCCUGCUCUUCUUAAUCCUUUAUCCUCUCCUUUACGCCACAGAUUCCCACUGAACAAUCCUACUUCAGAUUCCACACGUUGUUUCUCUAUCAGUUCCGGCGGCCGGGGAGGUGCCAGCGCCCGGUGGCACAGCAAUAGCAAGCGCCCAAAGGACUACCAGGACUUUAGUUGGGAUAACGAGAUUAGGGCUAACGAUGAGUUUGGUUUUGGAGGCUCCACAAAGCAGCGGAUUUGGUGGUCCGGUGAUCCAUCUCCUUGGGGAGAUGAGUAUGAUGUUGAAGACGAAGAAGCUGGAAUUGAUGGUUUUGGGAGUAUGGAUGGUUCAAUUGCUUUUGCCUGGGUGAUGAAGGUGCUCAGAGCCUUUGGUUGGAUGCUUCCAGCUAUUAUUAUGUCAGUGGUACUUGGAACCAGUACAAAUACUAUUAUCAUGGCAUUAGCACUUCCUUUGGCACAGUCUGCUCUUUCAUUAGUGAUGGAUGCCAUUUGGGGAUGGUCCGAUGAAGGCCCACGAUCCAAGUACAAGAAAAAGAAAAGACACUAUGCUAGAGUAGUGAGCAACCAUGGAAUAAGAAUGGGAAGAGGAGAAAAUACUCGAAAUGGCAGGGGAGUUAGAGAUUAUCAGUCCUCAAAUGGUGCACCAGAUAUAAAAAAGUCACGAAGCUCUCUAAAUUUUGGUGGUUGGGAUGAACUAGACAAUCAUGGGAUGGAAGGACAGCAGGAAAAAACCCUUAAUGAAAGACUGGCUGAACCAAAACAAUUGACUGAUGGAAAAUUGAGCAAGAGAAUCGGAAGGAAAGAAACUCCAUUUGUUUUGAGGCUGCUAAUUGCUGUUUUCCCGUUCUUGGGAUCCUGGGCCAAGCUAUUGUAAAUUUGUAAUGGACUUGGGGAGUUGAAGCCCUUUGUAGAGCCAACCCCCCUGCGGUUUGGCAGCAAACAAUUCUAUUUGUUCCUUGUUUUUCUCAAAGCUAGACUUGGAAACCAAAUCAUAUGCUGUACAGAUUAAACAUAGUUUAGAUGAGCUUGUCUUCGUUCUUACUCAUCUCGAGCACUCAUUGUUCUAAAAUAAUGCCAGACAAAAAGGCAUCGGGAUAGACCUUGAUUACUUUGUUUUUCGUUUGUUUCUUGUAGCACUGGGGAUAUGAUAUGUAUGAAAUGUCAAUAUAGUGUUAAGCAGUACAUGAACUGAAUUUUUGUUUCA